CUAAAACGAUGUCGUUUUUAUGGGUCUAUACAGAGGGUUUUCAUGUCACGUCUGGCAUUUUUAUGGCCGACGGACGAACUGGAGAAACUGAACAAGCAGUUGGUAUUUUUGAUCAAAUGGGAAGAUGAAACAUGGCAAGCUCCCAACAAUCGUACCUUCUCUUUUCUUCUCGCAUCGUAAUUUAACCUUUCUUUCCCAAUCAGAACAAAGUUUCCCGCCAACUCUUUCCUAUCUCUCUCGUUUGACUGCGGCUUCCAUAGCCUCAGCUCUGCAACUGUUCAUCUCCUCAGAGAACCCAAAACAUGGCCAGAAGAUUCAUACCCACGUUAUUAAAACUGGGUUCAAAUCCGACACGAAUAUUUCUAUCAAAAUACUGAUACUUUAUUUGAAAUGUGGGUGUCUCAAAUUUGCCCGCCAAAUGUUCGAUGAAUUGGCUAAACGGACUUUAUCCUCAUAUAAUUACAUGAUUGGUGGGUAUCUUAAACAUGGGCAAGUUCAGGAGUCUCUUAGUUUGGCUCGUAGGUUGAUUUUCUCUGGUGAAAAGCCGGAUGGGUUUACGUUUUCCAUGAUUUUAAAGGCAUCAACUGGUGCUACUAAUGAUAUGUUGCCCCGCAGCUUAGGAAGGGCUGUCCAUGCCCAGAUACUCAAGUGUGAUGUGGAACCGGAUGAUGUGCUCUAUACGGGGCUUGUGGAUUCGUAUGUGAAGGAAGGGAGGGUGGAAUGCGCUAGGACUGUGUUUGAUAUGAUGUUGGAAAAGAAUGUUGUAUGUUCGACCUCUAUGAUUUCUGGGUACAUGAAUCAGGGUUCUGCGGAGGACGCUGAGGAUAUCUUUUAUAAAACUGUUGAAAAAGAUUUGGUGGUUUAUAAUGCAAUGAUUGAAGGUUACAGCAAAUCUUUUGAAACAGCUAGGAAAGCUCUUAAAAUUUAUAUUGAUAUGCAACGGAAUCACUUCCAGCCAAAUAUGUCGACAUUUUCAAGUGUGAUUGGGGCGUGCUCUGUUUUAAGUGCAUUUGAAGCUGGUCAGCAAGUACAAGGACAACUGAUGAAGACUGAGGUUUUCACAAACGUAAAAAUAGGUAGUUCUCUGUUGGACAUGUAUGCAAAAUGUGGAAGAAUUGAGGAGGCACGAAGAGUUUUUGAUCAUAUGCCAGAAAAGAACGUGUUUUCAUGGACUUCCAUGCUUGAUGGUUAUGGGAAGAAUGGAAACUACAGUGAAGCACUCACACUCUUCCAAAUGAUGCCGGAGUAUGGUGUUGAACCGAAUGACAUUACCUUCCUAGGUGCUCUUUCUGCUUGUGCACAUGCUGGUUUAGUUGCUAAAGGAUGUGAGGUAUUUGAGAGCAUGGAAAAAGACCAUAGGAUGAAACCGAAAAUGGAACAUUAUGCUUGCAUGGUUGAUCUCUUUGGACGUGCAGGAAGUUUAUAUCAAGCAUGGGAAUUUGUCAUGAGGAUGCCUAAGAAACCGAAUUCUGAUGUUUGGGCAGCUCUGCUUAGUUCAUCUAAGCUCCAUGGUAAUAUAGAGAUGGCAAAUAUAGCUGCCAAGGAGCUAUUUAAGUUAAAUGCUGCUAGUCGGCCAGGAGCAUAUGUUGCAUUAUCUAAUACUUUGGCAGCUGCUGGGAAAUGGGACAAUAACUCUUGAUCCAGGGCAUGCUGCAGGAAGAAAUUGUGAAGAACAAGUGAGGGAGAACUUCGUUUGCUAUCACCUUUGAAUGGCCUCAUACAUAUAAUAUAUUGUUUCUCUGAUAUUGGAUGAUUAUGCUUGAAAUAUAAGCAUAAUAAUAAUCAAAACUUAAGAUAGGUGAUCUCUGAGUACGCAUGGUCAGUCUUUCUAGAUUCUACAUAUAAAGGUUUAGAAUU